CUCCUCCCAAUAACCGGUAUUAAUUAGACCCAAUAAAUACUCCUUCCAACUUCCACCACUCCAACCACACCGAUCUCUUCUACAACUCAACAACACCCUCCGCUGGUGUCUGAUCUUUCAACGCUUCAUAGCUAUCCACGUGUCCUUCCCACUCUCAAUAUUUCAUUAUCGCGCUCCAUGUUGAGCGAGAACAACUGAACUAAUUGAUCUGCGCAAAUCGUCUUGUCCUUGCGCGAAUCCACCGACAUCCUCAAAAACACAACAAACGCCUGAAUUGGCUGCGGCUCUUGCAGCGCCCAAUCAACCACAUUGUCACACCGACCUUUUGCUCCAGACUCGCCCACCACGGCGUUGUCAAGUUAUAACAAUCUCGACACUUCUGACGACAAGAUCUAUACCGCUCCACCGCCACCUCACUCUCCCAGCUCCGAAGCAUCGUCCGCUGGUUCUCCUUCCCAACGACCACCGCCCUUUUCUUCCCUCUAUUUUCCUACCGACGCCGAGCUCGAUCGAAUCAGAGCAACUGUCACCGAGACUGCUUGCGACUCGCUCCUAGCCAGUGCCCCGGCGCCCUCCUUUGAGGAGGCUCUCGCCGAAGACGAGGUCGAGUGCAAGGCCGAGGCCGAGACAAAAGCCGCACUACCUCCCGAUACCAAGGCGCAGUCUUCCAGAGCGGUUGAAGAAGGCGAGCCUCCGCCACCUUACACCGAGGGUUCAAGUCCGUUAGAUUCCUUUGCCUACAUCAUGGCGGCAGCAGGAGGUGCAGCCAGCAUCAUCACACAAGUUCAACAAACCCCCGGACCGCCGAUCAAUACAUUAGGAGCAGGAGAAGCCGCUGCAGAUGAACACAUCACUUUGGAUCUGAGGGGCACCCGCUUCACGCUUUCCAGAGAGGAAUUAUUGACAUUGCCCGAAUUCGUCCUACUCUCCCUCUUUCCCAAUGGCCUGCUACCAGACGGCCACAUGAACUCGUUUCAUGACGGCGAUGUCUAUCCCGUCGACUAUGACCCAGCAUCCCUGCAGUAUAUGUUAAACUUCUUCCGUGACGUCGCACAAUCAAUCCCUUCAAGAUCGCCUUCACCAACCACCCCCUCCGAGAAUGACCCCAUCUCAAUCGAACCACUUCAAGGUUCUACCAAAGACAUGCUUCAAGACAGGGCGGGGAUUAUUGUCUUGAGAGAAGACCUCGACUUCUAUGUCAUUCCUCCUCGCGCCGACAUUGAAGCGUUGGAAAUGACCGAAGUCAAGAGAGCAGCGGGAAGGUCAUUAGUCAAGCAAAACGGCAUCUUCUCGGGACUCAAACGGAGUGAAGAAGCCGGAACCACCGAGCAGCAUCUAAUAGAGAUGCUGACUGCCGGGGGAUUCAAUCAUGAUGACAGCUGGGGUCAUCGAGCAGGAGAACCAAACAAAGCAGUCAUCUGCAGUCUAGCCCUGGCUCGGUUACGGACAGACGUCAAGGGUGACAUCGCAGGCAGUAAUGCCGUCGGCAUGGCUCAGAAACUACUACUGUUCUGGCGAAAACCCGCGAGAAGAUGCUGGUGGGAAGGAGUAGAGUUGGAUGAUGUUGCAGGUGUUGAAGGCAAGGUGAAGGUCUGGAUUCGAAGAGUAUGGACUCUUGAAAUGAGUGUCAUCGGCUUGCGGUGAUAUGUCACUCGUACAAGGAUUCGGUUUAAAUCAACAUGGGCAUGGUUCGUUUCGGACAUCAUUCAAUGCCUGGCUCCUUUUUCGUGAUAUCCCUUUGUUAGGCAUGCUAGUGGAGUAUUGUGGAUAUGGAAUAUGAGGUUGUUGAGCGACAAUUGCCACAUAUGGCCUUGUAUAUCAAGCUCAAGUUUCGUGAGUGGAAUACACAUAUGGCACUUCUGGUGGUGAUUUUCCACGGGCAGAGACCGCUCCAUACACAAGAACAAGUCUAUUGUGUUCUAUCCUGUUUCUUCGAGGGCGAUGGUGAGGAAGUUUAUUUUUGAGAUGGGUGAUGUUUUAGUGUAUCAUAACUUAUCCCUGGUACGUGUGGUCGUCGUCGUCGUCGUCGUCGUCGUCGUC